AAUUGAAGUAUAUGUCUUGAUCUUGCAGAAUGCCGAGCUCUGCAGAAUCAGAAGAAUCAGAUCAGAAGUGCAGAAGCUCGCAUGCAAUUCGCAUGCUGCUGAUCUCUUUCGAACUCGUCGCAGUUUAGUCUUCUUUGUUCCUUGUGUUGACAGUUGAUUUAUUUUAAAAAACUUAUUUUAAAAUACCAACACAAUUACUUGUGCGCGUUAAAAUGGUAAAGAGACAACGUUCAAUUGUGAUCUCAUGAUGCACCGCGAGACAAACUUUCAAAUAAAUGUCACUGACGCGUCCAGAUAUCGCAAAAGACGCGCAACUCUUAAUAAUUUCUGAAUGAAAAAAAUACGGGACAACGAUAUUAAUAAAAAAUGAGCUCUGUUAAUUUGGACGCGUCAAACACGGAAAGAAUUCUUUUGCUACUCGAGGAACUGUGCGAUCUAUCCUAUCCUGAAGUGCAGCAAAAGUUAAACAAAUAUAUACAAACUGUAACAAACUCAGAAUUAUCAUUUCUCGCACCAAUUUUGACAAAAUCUGAGGAAAUGGUAAUUCAUGUUAUUGGGGAGAAAAUUUUAGAUCGAGAGUUAAGGUUCCCUGUAUCAAACAAUGUCCUAUAUAAACCUGUGCAAACUAAAAAGCCAACCGCUACGGAUAUCGCGAAACUCGACGAGGAAUUGUUGCGACAUCUUGAACCAAUGUGUUCUAUAACAAACACAUUUUUAACAAUACCUAUACAACAUCCUAAACACAAUUACGUUGUUUUGUUAGUUUCUCUGUUCGAUAACGAUCCCAACAAGGAAGGUACAUGUAAGUGUGCAAUAGUGCAGGAAUGUUUCAGAUUUUGCCUAGGAUUUCUUCUAAAUUCGUUCAUCGGUUACGAGGAGACGCGAUUAAAACUUCAGUGCCAGAAUUUGCUAGCUAUCUCUAGAAAAUUAUUUUCACACUUAGGAGAAUUCUCUGAUCUCUUACGAGAAAUAAUGGCUGAAGUUCGAAAUCUAACAAAUGCCGAGAGGUGUUCAUUGUUUCUGUUGGAUCCCGAGCAUGAAGAAUUAGUUGCCAAAGUUUUCGACGGCCUCGCCAUAAAGGAUUCUCAUGAAAUGAGAAUACCGAUAGGACAGGGUAUAGCUGGACAUGUUGCGACAACGGGCAAACUGCUUAAUAUUAGAGAUGCGUACAAGGAUCCCCUUUUUUAUAAGGGAGUAGAUGAACUUACAGGUUUCAAAACUAGGAAUAUUUUAUGCUUUCCAAUUAGAGAUGAAAAUGGAGUUAUAGGAGUGGCGCAGUUGUGUAACAAAAAAGAUGGUUUAUAUUUUGACGUUUACGACGAGGAAGUCGCAAUGGCGUUUAGUAUUUAUUGUGGUCUUUCCAUAAUGCAUAGCAUUGUUUACAAGAAAAUGCAAAUCGCCCAAGCGAGAAAUAAACUUUCUCGCGAAAUAAUGAUGUAUCAUAUGAAGGUGGAGGACGACAGUAUUCAACUGAUAUUACACUGCUUGGAUGAACACAAUAUAAAGGACUUUGAUCAAUUUCAUUUUAGUCCUAGAUCCAUACCCUACAACCAUAUGCCUUGUUAUACGAUUAGAAUGUUUAACGAAUUGGGUCUCACCACGUAUUUCAAACUUAAGCUACCGACGUUAACAAGAUUCAUAUUAUAUGUGAAGAAAGGGUACAGAGACGCGCCGUAUCAUAAUUGGACACACGCGUUUGCCACUGCGCAUUUUGGAUAUUUAUUAAUAAAAAAUUUGGAUCUCAUCAAUCAGAAUUAUAUGACUCAUUUGGAAGCUAUGGUUUUCCUAGUAUCUUGUCUGACCCAUGAUAUAGAUCACAGAGGGACAAAUAAUACUUUUCAAACCCAAUCACAUACGAUUCUGGCUAGUCUUUACAGUUCUGAGGGUUCUGUGAUGGAGAGGCAUCACUUAGCCCAAACUAUGUGUAUUUUGAAUACAGAUGGUUGUAAUGUGUUCGAGGAUUGUAGCAGCGAGGAAUAUGGAGACGUGCUUGAUCUAUUGAAAGACAAUAUACUUGCGACUGACUUAGCAGCUCAUUUCCGUGAAGUGAGCAAACAGGACGAAGUCAUAAAAAUGUUUGAUAAAACUAAUCCUGAACAUAAAAGACUACUCUUCAAUAUGCUCAUGACAUGUUGCGAUCUCAGCGAUCAAACGAAAAGAUGGAACGUCACCAAAAAGACUGCAGAACAGAUUUACGACGAAUUCUUCACACAAGGUGAUUUAGAAAAAAGUAUGGGCAGUUUACCUAUAGAAAUGAUGGAUAGAGAACGAGCAUCUAUACCACAUCUACAAGUUCAGUUUCUCUCAAAUUUAGUAAUUCCACUAUUCAUUAACAUCAGUACAUUAUUUCCGGCGACGCAACCACUGGUCAGUGUGCUAGAGGAGAAUAGAUACAUAUGGGAACAUUGUAAACACAUAUUCAAUAGAUAUAUAGAAACGGGUAUGAAAGCUAUGGAAGUUUUAUUGGAUCCGAAUUUUGAAGAUGAAGUAUUCAACCUUUACACCACUAGCAAGCAAACUUUAACCACGGUACAGCUUUAACCAUAAGAAAUACAGCUCUACUUCAUUCCAAGAUUUAGACAAAAGAUACUUACGAUGUAUAUAAAGAAUUUGAGAAUCCAAGCGUAAGCAGACAAGAUUUUUACGGAUAAUAAGUAGAUUGUCAAAUUAUUGAAAUUCAAAAGGCAAUAGUAACGAUCUCCUUAGUCGGUAGAUAAAUAUGUAAAGAUUGGCGAAGAUUUCUUUUUGUUGCGUAAGGACGCUGGCGUUCGGAAAUUUAAUAGAAUUUCGCUGUACAGUAGAAACGUUAUGUUUAUCAUAAAUCUAUAUGUACAUACAUAUACUGUGUAUAUACGUCUAUCUAUAUGUUAUGAAUUUAUAAAUAUUUUAUCCCUCGUAGAUGAAAGUUCUUCAAAUGCCUCGUUAAAAAAUGGCCUGUUUUAUUUAUACUUCAUUAUUUAAUUAUAUUAGAUGCGCAGUCAAUAUACAAAUAAUACAUAACGUAAGCAGACUUAGGUCAGAAAAUUUGUUAAGGAAACUUAUAUUUUAUAUAAUUGUAUUAAAAGUUGUUAAAGUGUUUAUGUAACAAUUACAAAACAAUAAUUUCUAUAGGACGGUCCAGAAUGCAUGACUUUCCUCUGAGAAUAUCAAAAUUAUUAAUGGAAAAUGUGAAAAAGAACUUUUACCUCAGAAUUUCACACACUUUUAAACUCUCAGAGAAAAGCCGUACAUUCUGAGACGCACUGUGUAGUAGUCAUUUCUAUAGAACUCUAUGUAUAUAUAUAUUUCGUGGAAUAUAUAAAAUUAUUUCAACUUAA